GGUACCGCGGGGGCGAGCGGGGCGGGGCCACGGAGCAGUUAUAGUUGGACCUGCCCGGGGACCAACUCCUCGCCUGUAGCCUCCUGCGCUCUGGCUGCCCGACGCCCCGAUUCCGCCGCGCGCCCAGAUCCAGCUAAGCCAACUCCUGGCCCGCCCCGCCGGGCAGCCAUCAACAUGAGCACCCUGGCGCGGGGCACGGGGGUGCGGGGCCCGUGGCGGGGAGCCCCUGCAAGCCGGCCGCUAUUCGCAUUGCUGUUGCUUCUGCUGCUACUGCUGCCGCUGCCCGCCGGCGCCUGGUACAAGCACGUGGCGAGUCCCCGCUACCACACGGUGGGCCGCGCCGCGGGCCUGCUCAUGGGGCUGCGCCGUUCGCCCUACAUGUGGCGCCGCACGUUGCGUGCCCCAGCUGGACCCCUUGCCUGGGACACCCUAGGCCUGGGCACGCACCCCCCGGGGCCGUCUGCCAGAGACACCCUCUCCCCGGGACCCGCCGUCCGCGAUGCUCUCCUGUUUCCCUCCGGGGUUCAGGGACUGUGGGAAGCGCGACUCCCCGUCAGUGCGCCCCGGAGCCCGCCCGAACCCGAGCCGCGGCUGGGCGCCGAUUUCUGGACCUCAGCGGAGCAGGCCAGUGGUGUUCUGUUCCCAUCCAUCUUCACCCACAGGCUGAGUCCUGGGCUGCAGAAGGCGCACGGCUACGGCUUCCACCUGCACGGCGAGAAGGGUCGCCGCGGGCAGUUCAUCCGGCGCGUGGAGCCCGGCUCCCCGGCCGAGGCGGCCGCGCUGCGCGCCGGAGACCGCCUGGUUGAGGUCAACGGCGUCAACGUGGAGGGCGAGACGCACCACCAGGUGGUACAGAGGAUCAAGGCUGUGGAGGGGCAGACUCGGCUGCUGGUGGUAGACAAGGAGACGGACGAGGAGCUCCGCCGGCGACAGCUGACCUGCACCGAGGAGAUGGCCCACCGAGGGCUUCCGCCUGCCCACGAUCCCUGGGAACCAAAGCCAGACUGGGCACGUGCAGGCAGCCUCGGCUCUGAGGCUGGCCAGAAGCUUGUGUCCUAA